CCUCAAAAGCACACUCUCUCUUGCACACACUCUAUCUUACACACACUCUCACAUAUAUACACGCUAUUUUAAUCUUUUCUCCUCAUAACGUUGGACUAAAUCGUUGCUACAGUGCAGAAAUGCUGCAGAACACAGGAAAGCUGGCCGGACGCACUCUAUUCAUCACGGGUGCCAGUCGAGGAAUCGGCAAGGCCAUCGCUCUCAAAGCUGCCCGAGACGGUGCCAAUGUGGUCAUAGCGGCCAAAACUGCAGAAGCUCACCCCAAGCUGCCGGGCACGAUCUACACAGCUGCUGAAGAAAUUGAAGCUGCAGGCGGGAAGGCUUUGGCGUGUAUUGUGGAUGUCCGUGAUGAGAGGCAGAUCAGUGAUGCUGUGGAAAGUGCGGUACAGAAAUUUGGAGGAAUCGACAUUUUGGUGAACAAUGCCAGUGCAAUCAACCUAACAGGCACUCUGGAAACGCCCAUGAAGAAAGUGGACCUUAUGCUGGGAAUCAACCUUAGAGGAACCUACCUGACGUCAAAAUUGUGCAUCCCACACCUCCUGAAGAGUAAGAACCCUCACAUCCUCAACCUCAGCCCACCCCUGAAUCUCAACCCCAUCUGGUUUAAGAACCACACAGCAUACACUAUGGCAAAAUAUGGCAUGUCUAUGUGCGUCCUUGGAAUGUCUGAGGAAUUCAGAGGCUCCAUUGCUGUUAAUGCCUUAUGGCCCAGAACAGCUAUUCAGACAGCAGCUAUGGACAUGCUUGGAGGUGCUGGAAUAUCAAAGCAGUGCAGAAAAGUAGAUAUCAUAGCUGAUGCCGCCUACGCCAUCCUCACCAAACCCGUCAACUUUACAGGACAGUUUGUUAUUGAUGAUGAGCUCCUCGCGAAGGAGGGCGUUACAGACUUUGAAUCCUAUGCAGUUGUUCCAGGCCAUCCGCUGCUUCCUGAUUUCUUCUUGGAAGCAGAGCCAGAUAAACUUGAGAAGAUUAUGGAGGAUCAUGGUGCCACUCCUGCUUUCAAAAGUAAAAAUUCCAGUGCAGAUGCAGCCUUCAGUGGACCCAUUGGUGAAACAUUCAACACCAUGAAGGGAUCUCUCAAUGCUGAGCUGGUCAAAACCACGCAGGGAGUUUACCAAUUUGACUUGUCCGGGGAGCAUCCUGGCGUUUGGUACAUUGAUCUGAAGAACGGUUCAGGCAGUAUGGGCUCUGGAGAGCCACCCUCUAAAGCUGAUGUCCUAAUGAACCUGGACAGUGACACAUUUAUCAAGAUGUUUACAGGUAGCUUAAAGCCAACAAUGGCUUUCAUGUCCGGCAAGUUGAAGAUCAAGGGGGAUAUGGCGCUGGCCUUAAAACUGGAGAAGCUGAUGGCCAUGAUGAACAAGUCCAAGCUUUAACCAGAACCAUCUGUAACAGACUCUGUUAAUGCCUUCGGUUUUGUUCAAUUAAACCAUUCCAAUGCAGACAUUUUCAUGUAUAAUACUGUAAAGUAUACAUAAAGUGGUGGCUGAUAUUUUAAACGCCAUACUGAUGUCAUUUUUGUUUAAACAGAAGAUUGUCAUAAACCAUUCUAAACAAGUCCAUGUUAUAAUAUGCUAGGCUAUGUUAAGUAAUACCUACAUCAUAUGCACACAGAAACCACUUUUUAUCUGAACUAAUUAAACCCGAAACAUCUGACGAUACCAGUUCACUAAAACAAAACAAACAUGUUGUCUAUCAAGGGCAUUCAUCACUAAUAUCUGCUGUCAUAUAGUGAGAGAAUUGCACUACUCGGUGCAUCCGAUACUUUCUAAUUAUUCUUGUUAAUAUAAUUGUUCAGAUUUGCCUUAAUGUUGUAAUAAACAUUUUUGGAACACAAA